GUCGUGAUGUAUUAAGUUUUUUGCUUAUAUUUACAAAAUGGACGCCAUUACAGAAUAUGAUAUCUUUCUGUCAAGCAUGGAGAAUUUCAACAUUAAUGUUGCAUCAAAAAUAUUGUCUAAAACUAGCUUUAAUUUAAAUGCUGGUGAUGUAAUAGAACAACUUGGAAAGGGAUUAACUGAAGACAAUUUUAAAAAAAGGCCUGAUUACUUCAACUUUUGUGAAGAACAGUUAUUUAAAAUGGCAAAUAAUGAAGAAUAUCAAGAAUUAAUUUUUGACUUUUUAGAUAUAAUUGAAAUGCAUGAUUCUAAAUUAUCAUCAUCUGUAUUAAUAGCGGUUACUGUUUUAGAGAAUACUGAAAAUCCAAAUCUAACAUCCUUAGAAUAUUUGUUGAUUAGUACUUCUAAUAUUUUAAAUGAAAUGGACAUCACAAAUUUAAAGGAAAAUUUGCUAAACAUAGUACGACUUUUAUUAAAAUUAAAGAAACAUUUUCAACGUGAACAAUCAAUAUUAUAUUAUUUUACUAGAUUUGCUUUCUUAGUGUUACGUGCUAACAUAGAUCCAAUUGAGUAUCUAAACUUAUUGUCAAACAUAAUUUAUGAUCCUUUUCAUUUACUUGAGAUUGAAUUUGAUGAAAAGAAAGAAGAAUUAUGUAUGGCUUCAUUCUUUUAUCUGUAUUUUAAAACUGAAAUGCAAUGGGGACCCAAAAUCUAUAACCAAUUUUACAUCUUAUAUAAAUGUUGUAAUUUAGCCAUGUCUGUGUUUAACGACGACAAUUUUGGAAAAUCUUUUACUGAAUUAAUUUUAACAAAAUUUAAAAAUAAUGAAAUUCCAUUACAUUUGUUGAAUGAACAUCAUGAAUGUUUUAUAUUAGAAGCUGCACAUAGUUCAAUGUUUACUGAAGAUUAUGAUGUUAGAAAAAUAUCACUCGAGUUAUUGAUGAUAUUCUUGGAUAAGUUAAGCACUGAUGCUCAGUAUGUAGUUCUUAGGCAUGCAUUUUUAAAACCAUUGGAGUCUGCUAUCAAAGACCAAUUGAUUGUUAAGAUGAAAAACCUAAUAAUAUUAAAAUUAAAAUCCAAUCAUGUCCUUGGAUGUUUUCAAGGAAUAAGACUUUUAGAACUUGUACAAUUAUGUUGUAAUAUUCCUGAUAAACCUGGAUUCUGUAUUGAAAACAACGUAGAACAAAUUUUGGGCGCUAUAUCACUUUUGUUUUUUUUAUUAAUCAAUAAGAAUGAAAAGUUAAAUAUGGGCAAAGAACUUUCAAACCAUACUAAACAAUUUGUGAACAAAAUCCAAAAUACCAUCAAUCAAGCACUUGAACAGCACACAUUAGAACAACAAGUUUUAGAUGGUAAAAUUGUCAUUGAAGAAACCGAUAUGCUAGUAAAUGAUUUAGACUAUUCAAAAUUAACCAAAAAUGAAAAGAGAGAUAUUUUAGCACAGAUUUAUAAUAAUAUUACAUUAGUGCAGGAAAGGUUAAAUAUGUUGAAAAACUGCAUCAAAGACUAAUGAUUUUCUAUGUAAAACAUUUAAGUUUAAUAUUUUUUAUAUUUAUACUUAAAUCUAAGUUACCUAUUUUUAUGAUAAUAAAUACAAUUGUACAAACUUCAUUGUAUUUACAUAAUUGUGAAAUGUAUACAGUUAUACAGUUUUGUAUUGGUUAUUUGUAAGUUGUAUUUUAAAAUAUAAUAAUAUAAUAUGCUGUUUAUUUUUAUUUUUAA